AUGCCUUAUGAAGACAGUACUGUUGAAUUCACAAGUCCUUUUGAAGACACUAGUCAAGUUGAUGUCACUACUCCUGGCAAAGUCUCUACUCCUGGCCAAAUCUCUUCAAGCGAAGAUGCAACCCUUGGUGCAGACAAUUUUCCAAGUGAAAAUGAUACUGGUGACAACAAUUAUCCUACUGAAGCUACUACUACAGCUGAACCUAGGUCUACUAAAAUGUUGACACGUUUUGAGGACAUAACUUCCAGUAGAGACACUACUUCAUCUAAAGCCAAUACUUUUGGAGAAGAGAUCACUCAAGAUCAAGUAACUAAUUCUUAUGGAGUAACUUUUUCUAGUGAUGGCAAUACCUUUGAGAAAGACACAACUUUUGAUGAUAUCAAUUCCAGUGCAGACACAUCCCGAAAAGAAACAGAUCCAAGUGAAGACACUACGCCUGUUAUGAAUUUUAGUUCGAAAGUAGACAUAUCUUCUAUUGACAGCACUACUGAGGAAGUUACAAUAGCUGACCAACAUGCUUCUACAGUUAUAGAAACAACUGGCCGAGCCACAAUUAUUGUUGAAGAACCUGCCCAAAACACGACAGAUGAAGAUACUAGUCUUGAUAAUGGUAUUACUUAUGAUGAUGAAAUGACCACGCCAGAUGAAGCCAUUACUUUGGGUCACGUAACUGAUCCUUCAGAAAGCAAUACUCCUUUGAAUGGGGGUAUUAAUUCAGGGACAGAUACAACCCUUAAAGAAAAGACUGCUUCUAGUGAGAUCACCACUCCUGUAAUGGGUAGUAGUAUAAGAGAAGACAUAACAUUUGUUGCAAGCACGACUCCUGAUGAAAUUACAGUAGCUAGCCAAGAAGCAAGUCGUUCUGAAGAAACUACUUUCAGUGGCGACACUUAUAGUAGCACAGGCUUGACUGAACAUAGAAGUACUUCAAUUAUACAAACGACUGGCCGAAUCACAAGGGACCCUAGUCCCGCUCCAAACACUACUCUAGAUGAAGAUUCUACUCUUAAUACAGCAGUCAUAACCACAGAUGACCCAAUAUCCGACCCAGACUUCCAAACUAUACAAACGACCCAGGAUAUAACAAUAGGUCUAAAUAACACUCCGGCAACAUAUAGUACUCAAGAUUCAGACGUUACUCAGGACCCAAGUGAAUCUUCUGAUCCAGAUAUUACUGCAGGCAUUAUUAAUACUACACGUCCAGAUGAUGCUUCAGGACCUGCGUUUGUUCCAGGCCUCAGUACUACUACUGCCACAGCUAUAACUUCAGGCUUAGAUGUAACGACAUCCACAGGUACAGGUCAGAGUUCAGAAAUUCGUGAAAGCCCAGCUGUCACUCCUGGCUCAAAUGAUACUUUAAACACAAAUGCUGCUCAAGGUCAAAACUCUACUCCAAUUGAAGAUGCUACACUCACUGCAGAUAAUCUUCCAGGAGAAAAUGUUACUGGUGAAAACACUUAUUCUAUUGAAGAUACUACUCCUUCUGAACUUUUGUCUACUAAACACUUGACACCAUAUGUAGACACAACUUCCAGUAGAGACAUAACUUUAGGCAAAGUUAAUAUUUCUGGUGAAGAGAUCACACAAGAUGAAGUCACUACUUUUGAUGUAGUAACUUUUCCUGGGGAAGGCAAUACUUCUGAGAAAGACACAACUUUUGAUAUGAAUUCUGGUACAGACACUACCCGAACAGGAAAGACUGCUUCUGGUGAAGGCACUACUCCUGUCAUUGAUACUAGUCCAAGAGAAGACAUUACUUUUGUUGAAAGCACAGUACCCAGUGUAGUUACAUUAGCUAACCAGAGUGCUACUCAUGGUGAAGCAACUGCUUCGAGUGACGGCACAUAUAAUGGCACAGGUAUGUCUGAAUAUGGAACCCCUAUUAUAGUUGCAGAAACAACUGGUUCAGUCACUCAUAUUGCUGAGAACCCUACUGCACGAGACACAACUCCUGAUGAAGUUACUGUUCUUGAUAAAGGUAUUACUUAUACUGAAAGUACGAUCUCAGCUGAAAACAUUACUGUGAAUGAAGAUAUUACUAUUAGAUAUACUACUUCAGGUGAUACAACUUCUAGUAUAAAUAUGCCUACUGAUGAAGACAGCACAUACAUUGAAAAUAUUACGGUUGUUGAAAGCUCUUUAUUUGGAGAAAACACUACUUUUGGUAAAGACGCUAGUAAGAUAAUUACAGAUAAAAUGACUACCAUUGGUUUGGUCAUUUCUGCAGAGCAAAACGCAACUAUUCUGGAGGAGGAUACUAGUGCAGCUAUAGACAUGCAUGGUGAAUACACUUCGAAUAAAAGCAUGAUACCUUAUGAAGACAGUACAGUUGAAUUCACGAGUCCUUUUGAAGACACUAGUCAAGUUGAUGUCACUACUCCUGGCAGAAUCACUACUCCAGGCCAAAACUCUUCAAGCCAAGAUGCUACCCGUGAUGCAGACAAUCUUCCAGGAGAAAAUGUUACUGUUGAAAACACUUAUUCUAUUGAAGAUACUACUCCUUCUGAACUUUUGUCUACUAAACACUUGACACCAUAUGUAGACACAACUUCCAGUAGAGACACAACUUCAGGCAAAGUUAACAUUUCUGGUGAAGAGAUCACGCAAGAUGAAGUCACUACUUUUGAUGUAGUAACUUUUCCUGGGGAAGGCAAUACUUCUGAGAAAGACACAACUUUUGAUAUGAAUUCUGGUACAGACACUACCCGAACAGGAAAGACUGCUUCUGGUGAAGGCACUACUCCUGUCAUUGCUACUAGUCCAAGAGAAGACAUUACUUUUGUUGAAAGCACAGUACCCAGUGAAGUAACAUUAGCUAACCAGAGUGCUACUCAUGGUGAAGCAACUGCUUCAAGUGACGGCACAUAUAAUGGCACAGGUAUGUCUGAAUAUGGAACCCCUAUUAUAGUUGCAGAAACAACUGGUUCAGUCACUCAUAUUGCUGAGAACCCUACUGCACGAGACACAACUGAUGAAGUUACUGUUCUUGAUAAAGGUAUUACUUAUACUGAAAGUACGAUCUCAGCUGAAAACAUUACUGUGAAUGAAGAUAUUACUAUUAGAUAUACUACUUCAGGUGAUACAACUUCCAGUAUAAAUAUGCCUACUGAUGAAGACAGCACAUACAUUGAAAAUAUUACGGUUGUUGAAAGCUUUCUAUUUGGAGAAAACACUACUUUUGGUAAAGACGCUAGUAAGAUAAUUACAGAUGAAAUGACUACCAUUGGUUUGGUCAUUUCUGCAAAGCAAAACGCAACUAUUCUGGAGGAGGAUACUACUGCAGCUAUAGACAUGCAUGGUGAAUACACUUCGAAUAAAAGCAUGAUACCUUAUGAAGACAGUACAGUUGAAUUCACGAGUCCUUUUGAAGACACUAGUCAAGUUGAUGUCACUACUCCUGGCAGAAUCACUACUCCAGGCCAAAACUCUUCAAGCCAAGAUGCUACCCGUGAUGCAGACAAUCUUCCAGGAGAAAAUGUUACUGGUGAAAACACUUAUUCUAUUGAAGAUACUACUCCUUCUGAACUUUUGUCUACUAAACACUUGACACCAUAUGUAGACACAACUUCCAGUAGAGACACAACUUCAGGCAAAGUUAACAUUUCUGGUGAAGAGAUCACGCAAGAUGAAGUCACUACUUUUGAUGUAGUAACUUUUCCUGGGGAAGGCAAUACUUCUGAGAAAGACACAACUUUUGAUAUGAAUUCUGGUACAGACACUACCCGAACAGGAAAGACUGCUUCUGGUGAAGGCACUACUCCUGUCAUUGCUACUAGUCCAAGAGAAGACAUUACUUUUGUUGAAAGCACAGUACCCAGUGAAGUAACAUUAGCUAACCAGAGUGCUACUCAUGGUGAAGCAACUGCUUCGAGUGACGGCACAUAUAAUGGCACAGGUAUGUCUGAAUAUGGAACCCCUAUUAUAGUUGCAGAAACAACUGGUUCAAUCACUCAUAUUGCUCAGAACCCUACUGCACGAGACACAACUCCUGAUGAAGUUACUGUUCUUGAUAAAGGUAUUACUAAUACUGAAAGUACGAUCUCAAGUGAAAACAUUUCUGUGAAUGAAGAUAUUACUAUUAAAUAUACUACAGGUGAUACAACUUCUAGUAUAAAUAUGCCUACUGAUGAAGACAGCACACACAUUGAAAAUAUUACGGUUGUUGAAAGCUUUCCAUUUGGAGAAAACACUACUUUUGGUAAAGACACUAGUAAGAUAAUUACAGAUGAAAUGACUACCGUUGGUUUGGUCAUUUCUGCAGACCAAAACACAACUCUUCUGGAGGAGGAUACUACUGCAGCUAUAGACAUUCAUGGUGAAUACACUUCGAAUAAAAGCAUGAUGCCUUAUGGAGACAGUACUGUUGAAAUCACGAGUCCUUUUGAAGACACUAGUCAAGUUGAUGUCACUACUCCUGGUAGAGUCACUACUCCUGGCCAAAACUCUUCAAGCGAAGAUGCUACCCUUGGUGCAGACAAUUUUACAAGUGAAAAUGUUACUGGUGACAACUACUAUCCUACUAAAGCAAAUACUACAGCUGAACAUACGUCUACUAAAAUGUUGACACCUUUUGAGGACACAACUUCCAGUAGAGACACUACUUUAUCUAAAGCCAAUACUUUUGGAGAAGAGAUCACUCAAGAUCAAGUAACUAAUUCUUAUGGAGUAACUUUUUCUAGUGAUGGCAAUACCUUUGAGAAAGACACAACUUUUGAUGAUAUCAAUUCCAGUGCAGGCACCUCCCGAAAAGAAACAGAUCCAAGUGAAGACACCACGCCUGUUAUGAAUAUUAGUUCAAAAGUAGACAUAUCUUCUAUUGAAAGCACUACUGCGGAAGUUACAAUAGCUGACCAAAAUGCUACUACAUUUAUAGAAACAACUGGCCGAGCCACAAUUAUUGUUGAAGGACCUGCCCAAAACACGACAGAUGAAGAUACUAGUCUUGAUAAUGGAAUUAAUUAUGAUGAUGAAAUGACCCCCCCAGAUAAAGCCAGUACUUUGGGUCACGUAACUGAUCCUUCAGAAAGCAAUACUCCUUUGAAUGGGGGUAUUAAUCCAGGGACAGAUACAACCCUUAAAGAAAAGACUGCUUCUAGUGAGAUCACCACUCCUGUAAUGGGUAGUAGUAUAAGAGAAGACAUAACAUUUGUUGCAAGCACGACUCCUGAUGAAAUUACAAUAGCUAGCCAAGAGGCAAGUCGUUCUGAAGGAACUACUUUCAGUGGCGACACUUAUAGUAGCACAGGCUUGACUGAACAUAGAAGCACUUCAAUUAUACAAACGACUGGCCGAAUCACAAGGGACCCUAGUCCCGCCCAAAACACUACUCCAGAUGAAGAUUCUACUCUUAAUACAGGUAUGACUUAUAGUACUAUACUCUAUAAUACUUCAAGUGAUAGAACCUGUAGUGAAAGUAUGACACCUGAUAUGGACAAUGUUUAUGUUGGACACCCGACAAUUGUUGGAAAUAUUACAGUCAUAACCACAGAUGACCCAAUAUCCGACCCAGACUUCCAAACUAUACAAACGACCCAGGAUAUAACAAUAGGUCUAAAUAACACUCCGGCAACAUAUAGUACUCAAGAUUCAGACGUUACUCAGGACCCAAGUGAAUCUUCUGAUCCAGAUAUUACUGCAGGCAUUAAUAAUACUACACGUCCAGAUGAUGCUUCAGGACCUGCGUUUGUUCAAGGCCUCAGUACUACUACUGCCACAGCUAUAACUUCAGGCUUAGAUGUAACGACAUCCACAGGUACAGGUCAGAGUUCAGAAAUUCGUGAAAGCCCAGCUGUCACUCCUGGCUCAAAUGAUACUUUAAACACAAAUGCUGCUCAAGGUCAAAACUCUACUCCAAUUGAAGAUGCUACACUCACUGCAGAUAAUCUUCCAGGAGAAAAUGUUACUGUUGAAAACACUUAUUCUAUUGAAGAAACUACUCCUUCUGAACUUUUGUCUACUAAACACUUGACAGCAUAUGUAGACACAACUUCCAGUAGAGACACAACUUUAGGCAAAGUUAACAUUACUGGUGAAGAGAUCACGCAAGAUGAAGUCACUACUUUUGAUGUAGUAACUUUUCCUGGGGAAGGCAAUACUUCUGAGAAAGACACAACUUUUGAUAUGAAUUCUGGUACAGACACUACCCGAACAGGAAAGACUGCUUCUGGUGAAGGCACUACUCCUGUCAUUGUUACUAUUCCAAGAGAAGACAUUACUUUUGUUGAAAGCACAGUACCCAGUGUAGUUACAUUAGCUAACCAGAGUGCUACUCAUGGUGAAGCAACUGCUUCAAGUAACGGCACAUAUAAUGGCACAGGUAUGUCUGAAUAUGGAACCCCUAUUAUAGUUGCAGAAACAACUGGUUCAGUCACUCAUAUUGCUGAGAACCCUACUGCACGAGACACAACUCCUGAUGAAGUUGAUGUCACUACUCCUGGCCAAAACUCUUCAAGCGAAGAUGCUACCCUUGGUGCAGACAAUUUUACAAGUGAAAAUGUUAUUGGUGACAACAACUAUCCUACUGAAGCAAAUACUACAGCUGAACAUACGUCUACUAAAAUGUUGACACCUUUUGAGGACACAACUUCCAGUAGAGACACUACUUUAUCUAAAGCCAAUACUUUUGGAGAAGAGAUCACUCAAGAUCAAGUAACUAAUUCUUAUGGAGUAACUUUUUCUAGUGAUGGCAAUACCUUUGAGAAAGACACAACUUUUGAUGAUAUCAAUUCCAGUGCAGACACAUCCCGAAAAGAAACGGAUCCAAGUGAAGACACCACGCCUGUUAUGAAUAUUAGUUCAAAAGUAGACAUAUCUUCUAUUGAAAGCACUACUGUGGAAGUUACAAUAGCUGACCAAUAUGCUACUACAUUUAUAGAAACAACUGGCCGAGCCACAAUUAUUGUUGAAAGGACCUGCCCAAAACACGACAGAUGA